GGCGCCGUGCGGCCCUGCCCGAACUCACCGGUGCCGCCGCCACUUGCAGACCAUGGAUGGGCGGAUGGAGCCGGUGACCGUCGCUGCCGAUGGCGGGGACCGACCGGGGGCCCCGGCGGGGUCCGGCAUGUCGGCUUCUCAGCGUCGGGCCGAGCUGCGGCGGCGAAAGCUGCUGAUGAACUCGGAACAGCGCAUCAACCGCAUCAUGGGUUUCCACAGGCCCGGGAGCGGCGCGGAAGAAGAGAGCCAAGCGAAAUCGAAGCAGCAGGACAGUGACAGGCUGAACGCCCUCGGCAUUCCUUCGGUCUCCAAGCGCGUGGUGCUGGGCGACUCGGUCGGCGCGGGAGCAGCGGACCAGCACGGGGGUGCGGCUGAGGUCCGGGGAGACGCGCUGGACUCUUUGAUUCCGCCGCCCGAGUGCCCUGACGACCUGAACCUGGAGCUCCGGCUGCGCAGCAGAGGGGAGCUGGCAGCGGACGCCGUGCAGAGGGCCUCUCGCCACGGGCUGGAGCAGUACCUUUCCAGAUUCGAGGAAGCCAUGAAGUUGCGGAAGCAGCUGACCAGCGAGAAGCCCAGUCAGGAGGACGGGAGCGCAGCCGAAGAGUUUGACUCUUUUCGAGUAUUUAGAUUGGUGGGAUGUGCUCUUCUCGCUCUAGCAGUCAGAGCUUUUGUUUGCAAAUACUUGUCCAUAUUUGCUCCAUUUCUUACUUUACAACUUGCGUACAUGGGACUGUACAAAUAUUUUCCCAAGAGUGAAAAGAAGGUCAAGACCACAGUGCUAACAGCCGCACUUCUGCUGUCUGGAAUUCCUGCUGAAGUGAUAAAUCGAUCAAUGGAUACCUACAGCAAGAUGGGGGAAGUCUUCACAGAUCUCUGUGUCUACUUCUUCACGUUUAUCUUUUGUCAUGAACUGCUUGGCUACUGGGGCUCUGAAGUGCCAUGAUGCUUGUAGAGCUCGGCAGGAGGAGCUCACAGAAUCCGUUUCUCUUCCGUGUCGCAGUAUCCUAAGAGGAGGCAGACUGGCUUACGCCAUUACUUAUUCUGUUACUCUUUCGGGUUUGUAAAACCACUUUAUCAGGCAUGAAACAGCAGAUCCCCUGAUGUAAAAGGCUUGGGCCUGCAUUGGUACUGAUAUGAAGAAUAGGGUCCCAGUGUCAUUAGCUGAUUUUUCUUAUUUGGUUAGAAUCUCUAGGCUAUGCCUCUCCUGACUUCUCAGAUUUGUCAUUCUACGUUUGGGGGCGGAGCUAGUGCUUUUAGAAGAGCAGAUAAACAAGGUCUUGGUGAGCCCUGAGGACUGUUCCUGUGUUUGUGUCAUUCUGUCCUGAGAAAAGCCAUUUUAACAAUAAAAUGAAAGGAACUGAAUUGUCUAAUGCUAAGUCUGUACGUUUCAACGUAAGGGCUGAAUAAGGUAGCUAAUCUUACCUGUUCUUUUUGAGUUGGAAUCUUAAUUUUUAUUCUAGCACAAAUAUUUAAUAGAAGAAAUGAUUAAGGUUCAUAAGUGUAGAAUUAAAAAGUCUUUAUGUUUCAUACUUGGCAGCUUUCAAUUUUGAAUUAUUUUCAGAAAUAUUGUGUUUCAGGCAAACUGGAACAAAGUGAUUGGAAGCUGAACAAUCAAGGCACGCAACCCAGUGGCGUGAAUGUCCCCCUGACUACCUUGGUAGCAGUGUCAGUCGGAGGGUUUACCUUCUUGAAGAGUAUAAAUGUUAAGUGUUAUGUUACUCGGUGUUUCAUUUUCUCAUAGCUUUUUAUAUGGUCUAUUUGGUUAAUCCUUGUGAUAUUAAAACCACUUGCUCUUUUUAAUUA